AUGCUGAAAGGAAAGAAGGGGAAGGGGAAGAAGAUGGCCCUGGCCCCUGCUGUUGUGAAGAAGAAGGAGGCCAAGAAGGUGGUCAAUCCCCUGUUUGAGAAAAGGCCCAAGAAUUUUAGCAUCGGACAGGACAUCCAGCCCAAAAUGGACCUCACCCACUUUGUCAAAUGGCCCUACUACAACUGGCUGCAGUGGCAAAGGGCUAUUCUCUAUAAACAUCUGAAAGUGCCUCCCGAGAUUAACCAGUUCACCUGGGCUUUGAACCUUUAA